CCCCAAAUUUCAAACAACUGCCGUGCACACAUCUUAGCUGGCCGGUACGACAGCGCCCAGUGAAUAGGGCCGUUGGUCGCCGUCCUGUUAAAAGCUAACGGUGCUUUGUAGUUUUGCAGCCCAAGGAGGGUGGCACGGAUCAGCAGGCUGAGACGGGUUUCAGGAUUGGGACUGCGCAGCCGCGGUCCGCGCAUGCCUGAAAACGCGCCGUAAUUAAGUUACGUGCGCGGCGACGCCUGGGCCGCCAUACUUGGGUUACGGGAGCUCGCAGAGGACAAACUCCCACGCGCUUUUCCGGUGUCUCUUCUUUCCUCAGAGUGAGGCAAGACCUAAGAGGCGCUAAAACUAGGUCCAAGGUAGAGAGCGGCUCCGGUUAGAAUGAAGAAAAUAACAAGGUUAUCUCCGGAAGGUGGCGGUUGAGGCCCUCACACGCGAGCGGGGUGGUGGCCGAAGACGCUGAGGGACGGGUGCAUUCUCGCCGAAGUUCAGUUGGGCGAUGCCAACUUAAGGGUGUGAGAGGGGUGGCAAGGAACUGAGAUUCACUCCGCGGAGGCUGGGCGAGUGUGGAAAGCCGAAGGGAGCGGACAGUCGCCGAAGGCCCCACUUCCUUUCCCCAGCCCGUCCCUCUCCGGCCAUGAGCGGUCUAGUGCGCACCGAGCCGCUGCGCGGGGAGCCUCCUCUGCGGGUGCCCGGCGACGCCUUUUCUGUGGUGGUUCUGCUGCAGGGCUACGCGGAGCCCGAGGGGGUCGGCGACGCCGUGCGCGCCGACGGCUCCGUGACCCUUGUUCUGCCCCAGGCCUGGGGCCCGGCGUCCGGCCACCGAGAGCCCCCGCCCGAGGGCUACGAGGCGAAGACCGCCCUGGAGGAGGCGGCCCGUGGCCCCAUCCUCGUGGACACCGCGGGGCCCUGGGCUCGAGAGGCGCUCCUGGGGGCCCUGGCGGGGCAGGGCGUGGCCCCGGGAGAUGUGACUCUGGUGGUGGGGACCCACGGACACUCGGACCACAUCGGGAACCUGGGGCUGUUUCCCGGCGCGGCCCUGCUGGUCUCGCACGACUUUUGCCUCCCCGGGGGCCGCUACCUCCCCCACGGGCUGGCUGAGGAGCAGCCUCUGCGGUUGAGGCCGGGACUCGAGGUGUGGGCCACGCCCGGCCAUGGUGGCCAGCGGGACGUGAGCGUGGUGGUGGCUGGCACGGCCCUGGGUACCGUCAUGGUAGUGGGCGAUGUGUUUGAACGUGAUGGGGACGAGGACUCGUGGCAGGCGCUGAGCGAAGACCCGGUGUCCCAGGAGCACAGCCGGAAGAGGGUCCUAGGCACUGCCGACGUGGUCGUGCCUGGUCACGGAGCCCCCUUUAGGGUGAUUAGGGAAGCCUCGGCGCCAGAGACAGAGAGUCUGGGGAACAGCCGGCCAGAUCUCGUGAUCGGAGACAGGGAGCCCACGGUGCACCGAUAAACCCCAGUCUUGACUGGAUUCCUUUCAGGGACCCCAGCCCCCCACCCCCAGACAAGGAACUGACGUCCAGGACACGAGAGGACGUGUCAGAGAGGAGUCAUGGGUUGUCACUUCCAGCCCUUCCAGGAGGCCAGUUUUCCAGCGAGGACAGUACUUUUGCCACAGCUGUCACCAGUAUCACUAGGACCGAGGACUGGCUCAGCUGUGUGCCACCUCUUGGGCUUCAUUAGUAAAAUGGGAGAAUGUUCUUGGGAGAGUCUUCCAGAAUAAAAGUAGAAACUGCAUUGAAAAUCAUACUGCUCUUCAACUAUUCUCCAAUAAAAAAGAAAAAAGAAAAAAAACCAUACUGCCCUAAAUGUAAAUGUGAAGCAUUCAUAGUGAUAAUCAUGCAGAUAAAAUCCAGCAAGUGCAACAAGGGGACACUUUGGCGAUACAUCGCCUGUUUCUCAGAGGAGGCAGCUUGCUGAGAGAAGGUGCAGGGCAGACAGGUAUCAUUCUAGUCAUCUGACUUUAAGUUAUUAAUUCGUUCAAUGAAUGCUGCUUAACACACCUGCAAUGUCUCAAGCACGGCUCGAGGUCACGGGGAUACAGCAGUGAGCAAGCCAGACAAACUCAAGGAGACAGGACUCCUUUCUCUUUAAUGAAAUUGUUCAGAUGUGCAAGGGAUUACAGGCAUUUGUGAUCACACUCAUCAGUGGGCUGGGUGCAGAGGACCAGUAGUGACCUCUGGGGAAGCCCUAGGGGACAGUGGAGACAUAGAAUGAAAGGGACCUGGGUUCUCGAGUAGCAGCUUGGAGGACAGCAGUGUGGAAGGCUGCUCCCAGACACUGGCUGGACUUCAGGUCUAUUAAAAAAGAAAAGAAAAGAAAAGAAAAUAGACCCCAGAGACCUCUCACAUCUUCCACCAUGUGAGGACACAGCACAGAUGUCAUCUGUGAAACAGGAAGUGGGCAUUCACCAGACACCAAAUCUGCUAGCGCCUUGAUCUUGGACUUCCCAGCCUCUAGAACUGUGAGAAAUAAAUGUUUGUUGUUUGUAAACCACCAAGUCUAUUCUUUUAUAGCCGCUUGAAUGGACUAUGGCAGUAAUAUUCUAUUUCUUAAGAUCUAAGUGUCUCUCUCUCUCUCUCUCUCUCAUUCUGUGUGUGUGUGUGCAUACAUACACACUGUUAUUAAUACAUAAAAGAUUCAAUAAUUUAAAAAAUCUUAAAAAAAUAAAGUAGGUCUUGUGACCCAGCAAUUUCACCCCAAGGUAUUUACCCAACAGAAAUGUGUACGUAUGUUCACCCAAAGACAUGAACUGGAGCAUUCAUGGAAGCUUUAGUCCUAAUAACUCACAAUUGGAAACUACCCAAAUGCCUAUCAAUGGUUGGAUGGAUAAAUAAAUUGUGUCACAUGCACACAAUGAAACACUAUAGAGCAAUGAGAAUGAACGAACGAAACCUCCACAUGGCAACGUGAAUGAAUCACACAACCUUGAUGCUAAAUGAGAGGAGUCAAUCACACAAGAGUACAUUCUGUGUGAUUCCAUUUAUGUCAAGUACAGAAACAGGCAAAACUACUCGAUGCUGUUAGAAAUCGCUUUCUCCAUGGGAGAAAGGUUGAGACUGGACAAGAAGGGUGCUUCGGGGGCUGUAAUGCUGUUUUUUGAUCUGGAUGCUGGUGCGUGUGCGUUCAGUUUGUGAAAAGGUACUGUGCUGUACAUUUAUGAUAUGUGAACUGUUCCUGUACGUAUA